AUGUGCUUCGGGUUUAGUGAACUGAAACCCCAACCUCCACGCCGUGAGGAGUACGUGAAUAAUGACGCUGGAUACUUUCGGGCUCACGAUAAAUACGACAGAGACCUUGCGAGUUAUUACAAGACUAAGGCUCGUAAGAAACGCCGUGCCCACGCAGGUAUGAUCGGUGGAGGAGCUGCGACGGCAGGAGUCGCAGGAUGGGGUGGUUUUGGUGGUGGUGGCGGCGGCGUCGGAGGAUGUGGAGGUGGAGGUGGAGGUGGUGGAGGAUGUUAA